AUGGCUGCUGCCACCGUCCAAAAAUUCAAGCUCGUAUUCAACGUCCCGGUAUCUAGUCUGGAAGCAUGCAAGGCGGCCAUCUUUGCCGCCGGGGCUGGCCGGUACCCUGGUCCAGGCAACUACACUGAAUGUUGUUUUACCACCAUGGGCACUGGACAGUUCCGACCAGGAGACAAGGCCAAUCCUCACAUUGGCACCGUUGGAAACUUGGAGUUCGUGGAAUCGGCCAAGGUUGAGACUCUGUGUGUUGGCGAAGACGUCGUGAGGAAAGCAGUCGAGGCGCUGAAAGCGUAA